CUAUCGAGCCCACACGGGCCGCCGCCGCCGCCGGCCGCGCACGUCAUGCAUGCGGGGUCCUAGCACGCGCGCCCGCCUCAUGGGCACCGUGCUCAGCUUCAGCCCGCGCGAGCGGCGCCCGCCCGCCGGCGCGCCGCCGCCGGACCGCGCCGCGCUCGCCUACUCCUACGAACGACUCAACAACGCCAAAAACAGAGAGAACAGGGAAGUCCCCCGCGACGAGCGCCGCGCCACCCUCGACGACGCCGCCAAAAUCAUCUCCGAGAAAACGGCGCUCGAGAAAAACUUGAAAAAGCACUCGCUGUUCAUAAACGCCUUAUCCUGGAAGAGGUUUUCGACGGCCAAUAACAAUAAGAAAAAGUUAGAAUGCAAGACGAAGAGCGUGACGACGUUCCGUGCGCCUUUAACAGACAAUGCCCCCUUGGACAGGAACAAGAAUGUGAGCGUCCAGGGAACGAUAUACGCGCGGCCCGCGCCCGUCGCGGCGCCGCUGCCGCCAUCGGCCGAGGUCGCGCGGACUAACGCGCUCAACAACAAUGUCUGCUACUCGGAGAAGCUGCCGACGACGGCGGUGGGGCCGCCGGUGGCUCCGCGCAAGACCGUCAUCCAGGCUUCCACCUCCGAGCUGCUCAAGUGCCUGGGGAUGUUCCUGCACACUCGCUGUCACCGGCUACGGGACUUCCAAGCGGGGGAUGCGGUGAUGUGGCUCCGGACGGUGGACAGAUCGCUGCUGUUGCAGGGAUGGCAGGACGUGGCAUUCAUCAACCCCGCGAACGUGGUGUUCGUGUACAUGCUGGUCCGCGAGCUGGUGGACGGCGACCGCAUCGCGCGCCCUCAGGAGCUGCAAGCCGUCGUGCUCACCUGCCUCUACCUCUCCUACUCCUACAUGGGCAACGAGAUCUCAUACCCGCUCAAACCUUUCCUCGUCGAGGACUCCAAGGACAAGUUCUGGGAUCGCUGCCUUCUCAUCGUCGACCGGCUCUCUUUCAGCAUGCUCCGCAUCAACUCCGAGCCCGGCUUCUUCACUGAAGUGUUCACCGAGUUGAAGGCUUGCGGGGCCGUCGAGAGCCCGCCCCCCGCGCCCGCGCACCCGGCCCCCGCCCCGCCGCACGCCAUCUCGGCCGCCUGACACACAGAGGUCGCGGUGUUGAGGUUAGCCCUGACUGACCGCCCCAGUCGCGUUUGAUGUCGGCACUACACGACCGCUCUUGUUCAAUCGUCUGACACCGGACGUGCACGGACGGGCUUAGAUAAAGUCUCCGGGCUUAGGAUAGCUCCACACGAGCCAAUUAAUAACUUCUAAGUGGAGUGUUCUUGUAGUUACGUCUGAACUGUUUGGAUAAUGUAGUGAAAUUGAGAGAUAUUUAUUUGUAGGUAACCGUGAAAGGAUCCUGAAAGCUUUGGUAGGAAAUACUCAUUUUUGAAUUUAAACUGAAGUAAAACGAGCAAGUUUAUGUUGUUCGAAGUGCAGCAUGAUAUCGACGAUGUUAUUUGCUCAAGAAUGUAAUCCCGCCGUGACGAUUGACCAAGAAUUUAUUUAAAAUCGUACUCAUUCUAUAAGACUGGUGAGCGCGAACGGGGGAAGAAAACGCGAGGAAAUUGAUUGACCGAUAAAGUUUGCAAAGCACCGAGCCGCUAAUAAUUAGAGGCUUUAUUAAAUGCGGAAGUUUCGUGUCAUAUCGAUCGUGGAUUAAUUCAGCUACUACGACUGUUAGACCACGUUCCGGAACCAACGAGGCCGGAAACACGACUCGCGUUUGUUCGUCCUAUUAUUACUGGGUCAGAUAACCUACACGUGCCGUGUCGAAUUCGAUUGCUGCAUUUUACAUAAUUAAUGUCUGUAAUGUUAACGUAGGUAAUUUGUCUGGUAAUGAUACUUUCUGGGGCCGCUGCCGAGCGGCGUUUAGUCCAAUAGAACAGCGGUUAGUUAGUAAGUUAAGAGUUUCGUAAUGUAGUGAAAUGCUCGCAUGCCAUAUACCUAGUUAGUCGUUAGAAGCAGGCGGGAGGAUGCAAUAGCGGGGAACCGUCAGUAAAAUAAAGGAAUCCGGUGAAUCCUUCUAUGAAGUGUACGUAAAUACGGCCGUCAGCUUAAAGCGGGGCGAUUGAACCAUUGGUUGAAGUAUAUUUAACAAAUAGGUCAAAUAUUGCGAACGAUUAAGCGUUUUGUACAGUAAUAUCGAAUAAAUUUAUAUGUUAAGUCAUAAAUAGUCUGGUGUGGUUAAAUGGGGUUGGUCUGUUCGGUGUGGAAAGAUGGGCGGAGGCCUAGGGCACUCGGUGUGACUAGCUUGACCACAGGCCUGGAACUAGUUAAUGAAUUUCGAAUCGUGGACCGUACUUACUAAACGAACGCAAUAGCCUAAUAAAUACGUAUACUCAAGAAAAUGUUUCCAGAACAGGGCGAUAGAGUUUUUUUCUAAGAUUGAGAAAGACAACGUACUUAAAGCUGAAAUU